UUGGAGCAGUGGCGUGUUGAAUCGAAGCGGGAGAAAGACCUUCGGAAACGCCUUGAGGUGGAGAUGAAGAAUCGUGAGGACAAGCUCGUUCGUAUGGAGUCGGAUAUGAAACAGCUCGCACUUUCUAAUGAGGAUCUUCGCAGACAGCUGGAAGUCGCUAUGGCCUUUUCUAAAUCCACCUCUCCACUCACUCCCAAGCCUGGAACACCGGCGGCGACUCUUGCCCAGGCCAAAUCGCCCCCCACAGUGCCUUGCACACGUUGUGAGUCUUUUCAAUCCCGUAUCCACGAGUUGGAAAACAUGGAGGUGCACAUCACGGCCGAGAAGGCUCGUCUCGAAUCGCAGUACAAAGCCUAUGUGGCGGAUGUAGGUCAUCUUUUGUUAUGCGUUAACUUGAAGUUUGUCUUUCUCCUCAACCGAUUGCACAGCAUGAGUCACCGGGACUUUUGA